GGAAUCUCGCUAUUCUGCAGACAUGGCAGACGUGGGAGGCUACUACGAUGAUCCGUACCGCGAGGACAGGAUAGACAUUGAAUUACGCGCGCUUCCUCGCCUACACGCUCCCGAGGGUCAUUCGUGGGUGUGCGGUGAAAAGCUUGGUGCCGGUGGCUUCGGUAGAGCAUAUCUCUGGAAUCUCGUCUCCAAUGCAGAUCAGAAAGUUGUCAACCGCGUUGUGCUCAAAUACACCGAAGUACGAUCAGAUCAAAUGAUAACCAAUGGAGGUCUGGGCCAUGGACACAUCAGAGAAGUCUUCAUGCAGAGAUCUCUAGUGCCCAAUGGCACGCCCCUAGAUCGAGUUUUCACUGUACCCUUGUUGGGUGCUGAGCAUUGUUCUUGGUCGCUUGAUUCCUGGAGAUACUACUCGCCCUACUUUGCCUUUGGAGACCUCUUUGAUCUUAUCCAAACGCAAGGCAUCGAAACGGGGUCUACGUUGACAGGACAUCGACAAAUCCCCGAGCCAUUUGCUUGGUACAUACUGCACCGACUUGUUUCUGCUGCCAUGGUCAUGGACACAGCAUUACGCACUAGUCAAACCAACUAUCAGGUCGCUCACGUUGACAUGAAGCCCGAAAACAUAUUUCUUGGUGCUCCUGGAUCUCUGGGCAAGAACAAUAGCUUUCCGGCUUAUCCUCCGUGUUACCUUGGCGAUUUCGGAAAUGCACAUAUCACUUACAAAGGUACGGUGGUCGAUAGCUCAACACUGAAUAAAAAGCUAAUAAAGCUAGGCGACCCCUGGAGCUUUGUCAUGCUUGGAGGUUGUACCCAAGGAUGGUCUGCUCCCGAGAUUACACAUCAUGAUAAGAAUUCUUCUGAUAACAAGCCAGGUCUUGGCAAGCGCCUGCUGGAUCUCACACGACCACUCCCGAAGCGCACGAAAGCACGCGAAGCAGAAAACUCUCUUCGCAGAGAGUACAGCCCUGAGUUGCUGAACGUUCUCGAGGCUAUGGUACAGUUCAAGGUGGAAGACAGGCCAACACCGCAGCGUGUGUUAGAAGCCAUUGAAGAGCUCAUGCCCCGGUUCACGCAAGGCAUGGAACGUUGGGGCACCAACCAGUGGUUCGAGGAACUCGACGCCGGCGCUGCGGCCUCGGAAGAUGGAAGCAGCGUUUCUGGUUCCGAAGGCACACCACUUCGAGGCAGAGCUGCUGUUGAAAGCGCCACGGCGAAACUUAUCGACAAGUUCAAGUACCUCUUCUGCGUCCCUAGAGCUCGCCCCAAGCGCUGCAGAAGUCCCAUCGAAAGGGAUACCUCACCCUUCAGCGCAGUAAGAGCAAGAGCCGCGUCCCGCAAACGCCGUCAAGCCAUGGUCACUCGUCAAAUCAAGGAAGGCCUCAGACCAAAGCUACAACGCUACGUUAGCCCCGAUCCAUCUGACGACAAGUUCGUCCUUGAGGACAGUCUCAAGAUACUACAUCCUAAGCGUCCAGAAACCAUCGGUGACUACUUCGCGGCCCCGGAUCCUGCUCCGACGUACUACAAAGAAGAUAUAGAUGAUCUGGAAGCCUACGAAAAAGCAAAGAGGGCGUUCGAAAGAGCGCAUCCUGAUGACUUCCCACCAGUCGGUGCGGAGACCUACAAUUUCAGAAGGGAGGGAGAAGAACCAGGAGAGGUUGUACUCGACCACCCAAGUCCGAUAUCUAGC